CUUUAAGAUCUGCAGAAGUCCUUAUCAGUUUGUUCAAAUGAAACUAGACCAACACACUUUUAUCUUCAAUGGAGAAUUUUAACAUGAUUUCCCGUCUAGUGUGCUUACAUUUUGUGGUAUUGGUUAGUCUUGACAAUGCUCUCGCUAUCACAUGCACAGAGAGGCUUGAAGUACUCGAAGGUAUUGUAGGAGGCCUCAUAAAGGGAAUGGGGGCCAGAGGUGCGGACAUUAAUGUUAACUUUGGAAAGAAGGAAGAUACCUCCAUUAACACUUUACUUCGGAAAGAGAUUCGAGAUCUAAAGAAGAAGCUAACAUCCCUGGAAGAAUCACUGACUCACUCCAACCUCCGAACCAAAGAGCUGGUAGAAAGGGUCUCAGAUCUUGAAUCUUCUCUAAAAUCCAACAGCAAAAAUAAGACUGUCCGUUGCAAGUGUUCGAAAAAGAAUUCGAAAAUUAGUUCCAUUGCAAACGACGUUUUGAAGCAGGUGACAUAUAACAUGGAUAAAAAGAACUUGGUAUCUACGUUCAAUGUUAAAUCACACGCGCCUCCCUUUAGAUUAUCAAAAAAAUUGUCAGAGACCAAAACACAACCAAUCAGAGCUUCUCGCGGACAAGAAUCCUCGUACAGCGCGCAAAACCAAACAGAAGGGGUCAAUGCUCUUUCAGGAAACAUGACGUCAGUACAUUUAACCCAAGAUGUCGUUGCGUUUUCUGCGUACGUAUCUGCACAUGAAACAGAACUGUCUAAGGGAUACACCAUACACUUUGACACAAUUAUAACAAACAUCGGCAGCCAUUACAACAAGUACUCUGGAGUCUUCACCGCACCACAACACGGUAUAUACGUGUUCGCGUGGACUCUCUAUUGUCACGCGGAAGGAUACAUUUUCUCAGAGCUUGUUGUGAAUUCCAAUGUCGUUGGGGCCAUGGUUUCGGACGGAGAGCUUCAGGGCGCCUCAAAUAUACGGACAGCCACGGGGAUCGUGGUGGUGGCGAUCAGUCAGGGGGACGCCGUGUAUGUACGUACUCACCCCACGAAAGACCACCGACACAACCUCUACAGUGACCCUGCCUGGCGCUCGUCUUUCAAUGGAUGGAGAGUCUGAUUCAUUGACAACAUAAAUUUGUACUUCAUCAGAGUCUUUGUCAUGCGUAUAGAUAAACCGGUCAGAGUAAUGGUUUAUUUGCCAGUUGUUAGCUUAUUUUGUUAGACAAAAAAUGUGAUGAAAUAAUAGACUUAAUUGAGAUUUUAAAAAAAAAAAUAUGACCACCCGAUUUAAUAGUUAAAUCUUGAACAAUUAAACGCUUUGUCUUUUGUUUAUUUCAGUACCCAUGAAAUUUAAAGGAAAACAACGAUUAUCCCCUUCUAUGAUAUUAUAUUUAUUUAAAGGGGAAGGAAAGUCAAAAACAUAAUUUAUUUGUUUUAAUAAAGUGGUGUAAAUUAUCACAUGUGGUCAUGCUGUUUUGAAAAUAAAAUACGUAAUUAAGGUAUCCCACUCCUCAGUUUUGUUGUAUCAAGAUUUUCUUGAGAAGUAUAUCAUUGAAAUCUGUAGACAAAACAAACUUAAAAAAUACAAAGAUAAUGGGGGAUCAGUACUCAUGAGUUA